UAUCCGUAACGAAGCCCAAGUUCAGCCCUAGCCCACCGCCUAAUCAAACCCAACCGUUAAAGUUUAAACCCAGCAAAAACCCUCUCCUAUCUCUCUUAAAAAAACCGUCUCCUCUCUCUAACCUUCUAAACCUUUCUGGUGAGAAGAUGCCUGAAGAAGACGCACAACUCGACCCCCUUCGCGGGUACGAGCUUUGCCUCCUUCGCUGCUCUCUACCAUCUCCAUCGCCGUCCGACCAUCAAAACCACUCCACUUCUCUUCUAUCCAAACCUUCCGAUUACAAGAGCAGUACUCGUCUCCACACUCUGAUCAAAGAAUUGAUUUAUUUGAUCGAAUCCGGAGAAUACGUCCGAGCCCUAUCCUCUGAUUCGGCUCGGACCGUCUUCAAAUUCGCUCACUCCGAUUCGCACCUCCUCGACGAUGCCGAACGGUUUUACUCUGAUUUGGUACUCAAAUGUGUCAAUUCGUUCGUAAUUGAUGAUUCGGAAGACGAGUUUGACAGGUGUUAUAGAACGUUUCUGGUGAUGGGUAUUGCCGUCGCAGCUUUUCUUGCUUUCGCUCAGUGCAACAUGACUGGGCCGUUCCAGAGGUUGCCUUUGUUGCCUCUUACUGCGUUUGCCUUGAAAGAGGAGGAAUUGGGUGGUGGUGGUGGGGUGGAAUGGGAGGGGUGGGCGCGAAAUCAGUUAAUGUCCGCUGGUUCUGAUUUACUUGGAAAAUUCUCUAAUCUUCAGCAUAUAGUUUUUGCGAAGUUGUUGCUCACGAGGAUCACAGAUUUAUUGUCAGAAGGAACUAUUUCUUCCAUGGAUGGACUUGGAAGCAUCUCAUGGUGGCUGGCUAGGCUCUUACUUCUUCAACAGAGAAUGUUGGAUGAGCGGUCUUCUUCUUUGUUUGACCUAUUGCAAGUCUAUAUGUGUGAAACUUCACAUCGUUUUGGUACUUCAGAAAAGGUAAAAAGUUAUUGGGGUGCUAAGUUAGAGGAGGAAGAAGCGUCGACUAUUGUUUCUAUGUUUCAUUUAGAAGCGGGAAUAAUGGAAUAUACCUAUGGGCGAGUUGAUCCUUCCAGGCUGCAUUUUGAAUCAGCUGAAGUGGCAUCUGGACUUCAGCUUUCUGUAACCGGGGCUCUGGGUUUCCGCACUGUUCAUCAGGUGGAACCAAAGGCACAGCUUGUACUUGUUGCAAACACUAGUGCAUCAAAUUAUGGUGCUACCUGCUCUUCAGUGAUCCCUGAAGUCCAGGGAAAUGCUUCCAGCAUUGAUGGAGAUAGUUUGAUUCAACAUCGUCAUCAAACCUGUGAAUCUUCUGAUGUAUUGAUGAGCCCAAGAUUUGUAGAAGAUAGUAGAAUAUCUGACAAUAGUGCAGAAGUCGACACUCAAAACGGUGGUAUUUCUGGUGCUCCUCUGAAUGCAAUCCAACAGGCAGUUAUUCUUGCACACUGCCUUUCUAUAGAGAAGACCACUCGGCAUGAUGAAAUGCAGAGGUGGGAGAUGGCCCCGUACAUAGAGGCAAUAGAUUCUCAACAGUCCUCAUACUUCACUAUUCAACGUUUUUGUGACAUAUUACGUAUCCGAUGGGAGUCUACUCGUAGUCGCACAAAGGAGCGUGCUUUAUUGAUGAUGGAUAAACUGGUUCAAGGUGUCUAUGAACUUUCUCCUGGAGUUGCACAAAGAAUUUACUGUUGUUUUGGAGCUUACAUCCCCACUAUUCCUGCACUUCGGAAAGAAUAUGGCGAAAUUUUGGUCAGUUGUGGCCUGAUAGGGGAGGCAGUUAAGGUUUUUGAGGAUCUAGAGUUAUGGGACAAUCUCAUAUACUGUUACUGCUUAUUGGAGAAGAAAGCGGCAGCGGUGGAACUUAUUAAGGCACGACUAUCCAAAAUGCCCACUGAGCCAAGAUUAUGGUGUUCACUCGGUGAUGUUACAAAUAAUGAUUCCUGCUAUGAGAAAGCAUUAGAAGUUUCAGACAAUAGAUCUGUUCGAGCGAAGCGGUCUCUUGCUCGCAGUGCAUACAAUAGGGAGGACUAUGAGACAUCUAAAAUCUUAUGGGAGUCUGCUAUGGCGUCGAAUUCUUUGUAUCCAGAUGGGUGGUUUGCUCUUGGAUCUGCUGCAUUGAAGGCUAGGGAUGUUGAAAAGGCACUGGAUGGAUUUACUCGUGCUGUUCAACUUGAUCCAGAAAAUGGGGAGGCUUGGAAUAAUAUUGCUUGUUUGCAUAUGAUUAAAAAGAAGAACAAAGAGUCCUUCGUUGCAUUUAAAGAAGCACUGAAGUUCAAGAGAAAUAGCUGGCAGCUGUGGGAGAAUUUCAGUCAUGUCUCUGCAGACAUCAGUAAUUUUAGUCAGGCACUAGAAGCUAUACAGAUGGUGUUGGAUAUGACUAACAAUAAAAGAAUUGACACCGAGUUGUUAGAGAGGAUAAUGCUGGAGAUUGAAGGAAGGGCUUUAACUAGGUCUCAUUCUUAUAUGUCCACCGAUGAACACAAUGAUACCAACCAAAUUCAACUUGCUGAAACUGUUGUCAAUUGUGUCGAUGAGCCAACAGAUUCAGAAGUUGGGAUGGCAAAAACACGGGAAACUGAUCACUUGGUGGAGGUGCUUGGGAAAAUCUUACGGCAGAUUGUUCGAAGCGGUGGGGGAGCAGACAUUUGGGGCUUAUAUGCUAGGUGGCACAAACUAAAAGGAGAUCUCACAAUGUGUUCUGAGGCCCUUCUAAAGCAAGUUAGAUCGUACCAGGGUUCUGAUUUGUGGAAACAUAGAGAUCGAUUUUUGAAGUUUGCACAUGCUUCUUUGGAACUUUGUAAGGUGUAUGUGGAACUCUCUUCCUGUACUGGUAGUCAUAAAGAGCUCCUUGCAGCUGAGAUGCACCUAAAGAAUAUAAUUAAGCAGGCUGAGAGUUUUUCAGACACUGAAGAAUUUAGGGAUCUUCAGGCUUGUCUUGAGGAGGUGCAAAUGAAACUGCAGUCCAAUUCAGUGCCAGCUGUUUAAGUUUCCUUUUUGAGAUCAUCUUUUCCAAUAUGUUAGCUUCUGAUGAGAGAAAACAGGCAUGAUUGAAUUACUGAAAAGACACUGAAGGGACGCUUGUGUUGCGUGUGCAAAAGGAGAGAGGAGAUUACUUAUACCCACAUUUCUCUGGAAGAGUCACUUUUCCUGAAUCUGUUAAAGAAAGCUGCAGGAGUUCUGAUUUUAUAGCCUGCAGAAUAUCCAAAGAUCAGAUAUUCCUUGGGUAAGUAAUCUCAAUUAUCAAAUUUGUACAAUCAACAAUGCCGAUGGUAUAGUUAUUAAAAUAUAAAAUAGAGAAUGUCGAUGAUAUUGUCAUCUUCUAAUCACGUUCCCUCAUGUAAGUUGUUCUAAGCUCGCUAACAACAUUUUGGACCAAUUGAAAUAUUAGUCCUUUCUAUCAAAUGUCUUGUUAUUGUAGCAAUACAUUACACGGCACAAUCCCAAGGGAUAGAGAGGAUAGCCGGGACAACGCUUCACGUUAUGGAAGUCCUGAGUUUCAUGAUGUUGGAGGCCAUCCCCCUAGUUCUCAUCCUGCCUGAUGCAUGUGAGGUUAUACAGUUUGUAGGAGGCUGUCAUGUGAUCAAAGAGACAUGGAGUUGGAGUCCCUCCCUAGUAGAAAAAAGUGCACAUGUUUUGGGUAACCUAUUUGUUGCAGUUCAUUCUAAAUCAGUGUGUAAAAUACCGGAUGGACUGAAGCAAGAUUGGUUAACGACAGUCUGAUGACUGCGAACCUGUGAGGUACUUUUGAUAGGGACUUUGAUAGUCUAAGUUGAUGCCCAAGUGGUUUCAGCUCCGGUGCCUUUCAAGUUUUUCAUAGGAGACGUUAGGAAGUUUAUUUUAUUUUAUUUUUCCUGAUACAUAAGAGACGUUAGGAAGUUAAUGAAAGGGAAGCCCAACUGGAGAAUUUUCUGUUACCAUUGGAACAUCAAUGACACUGGUCAUGAAAUUGGUCUCU